GGCUUCGGAAUUGGAAAAUAGAAUUAAAAAGAGUAGCGACACAGUUCUUCCACCGGAGCUAAACAUUAGAAACCAAAAACAAACCCUAACCCCGCCCUCGUUUAUUAGAGAGAGGCACAACUAUAACAAGAAAACAAACUAAAUCAAAGCCACCACAGAAAUGGACUCAGACGAUGGGAAGCUAUUCAUUGGAGGAAUAGCUUGGGACACUACUGAAGACAAGCUCACAGAUUACUUCACCCGAUACGGUGACGUUUCUCAGGUUGUCAUUAUGCGUGACAAGACCACCGGUCGUCCUCGUGGCUUUGGCUUUGUUAUCUUCUCUGAUCCCUCUAUUCUCGAUCAAGUCCUCCAGGAUAAGCACACCAUCGAUGGCCGUACUGUGGAGGCAAAAAAGGCUUUAUCAAGAGAAGAACGACACAGCUCUGGAUCAGGAAAUUUUAAUUCUGGUAGAGGCACUGAAGGAGGAAAUUUUAGAACUAAAAAGAUAUUUGUUGGAGGUUUACCACCUACUUUGACCGAGGAUGGAUUCCGCCAGUAUUUUGAAAAUUAUGGUCAUGUAACUGAUGUUGUAGUUAUGUAUGACCAGAAUACGCAGCGGCCACGUGGUUUUGGUUUUAUCACCUUUGACACAGAAGAUGUAGUUGAUACGGUUUUGCACAAGGUAUUCCAUGAGUUGAAUGGUAAGCUAGUUGAGGUAAAGCGAGCCCUCCCUAAAGAUGCCAAUCCAGGUGGUGGGGGUCGUGGAGCAGGCUACCAGGGCUACGGUGCCUCUGGUGCCAAUAGUAGUUCAUUUGAUGGCCGAAUGGAUGGAAACAGAUAUAUGCAGCCCCAAAGUACUGCAGGUGGUUUCCCAUCUUAUUCUGAUUAUGGGGGACCAGCGUAUGGCUAUGGAGCAGCAACUGGUGGACUUGGAUAUGGUGGUUAUGGCAGUUAUGGUAUCGGUGGUUAUGGAAGUGCUGCUACUGGAUUUGGUGGUCUCACAGGGGCAUAUGGAAAUCCAAAUUCCGGUUAUAUGAAUGCAGCACCUGGUGCCUUGAAAAGUUCUUGGGGAAGCCAAACUUUUUCAAGUUAUGAUUCAAACACUGGUUCUGUUCCUGUGGGUCAGUCUCCAAGUGGGGCUCCUGGGUAUGGGAACCAAGGCUAUGGUGGUUACAGUAAUUAUGGUGGAAGCAGUGGUCCUUAUUCUAGUGGUUAUGGGGCUGCUGGUGGGCAUGCUGGAAGUGGCGCUGGAGGAGAUGAUAACUAUAGUGAUACCAAUGGAAAUUCAGGGUAUGCAAAUGUGGCUUGGCAGUCUGAUCCUUCCCAGGGUUCUAGUGCUUUUAAUGGUGGGUAUGGUGGCUCGCAUUCCAGACAGGGUCACCAGCAAUGAUCAGAGAUCCUUCAAUACACCACUGCUUUCCCUGUUGGAAACCUAAUUUACUGUGACAAGAUUUUUGGAAUUGUUGGAUUGCUUGAAUUUCGGUUUUAGUUACUAGUUGUCAUUCUGCGCAUAUACAGUGGCCUCUAGUUACAAGUAGUGGCAAUAUAUUAUCUAGGGUUUUUGCUUUCAAGUCCUAGUGUUUAACUUGAAGUUAUUCGUUGUUUUGUCUGCUUUUUUUUUUUUUUUUUUUGUGGAAUUGCUUUAUUGAAGGCUAGCGUAGUUGUAUGGGCUUUCUUUAUUGUUGUGAGGGUUGAUGAUAUCAAUUUUUGGUUAGUGCACUUUAUUAGCAGUCAUCUCUGUGGUUUGCUAGGAUAGUAAUUUAAUCAUCAUGUUCUGCACGUAUACCUUUCUUUAAAUUAUUGCUUUAAUAACAGUGUUUCAGUAUUGCCUUUAUUUGGUAUCAUAGAGGUUGAUCCUUGAAGAUUAGAGAUUCUGAAACAAUGAAAUCUGGUGAUUGCUUGGUUGAUUGGAUCUCUUGACCUCUAGCGAUGAUCACUGCCUAGAGAGUGGAAGUGGACCAAAGUGGAAAUUAAAGUGGGCUUGCUCAAUGAUGGUUUGUUCACAUGAUUUAACAGCAAAUGAAUGUGGCUGGAGUCUUCCAAGUCUCUGACCUCUUCAUGAUCAAUUUCUAUAACCAGUGGUAUAGCCCUCUUCCGGCAGCAUUUGAAGUACAUCGUUAUCUGUACAGAGUGUUGAUUGCUUUUAUACUGCAACAGGGCAGAAAGUGACCAAUGUAUUUAAUGCUAUUCUGAAAUGAAAAGAUUGAAUUAUGCAAUACUAGACACUAUAUAGAGCCCAGUGUGUGACUGAUGAAAUUUGUAUGGAAUGUUUCAACACAAGUCUCUCCAUUUUCUUUUCAUUGGAAUUUUAUGUACUUCAUUUGGAACUUA